CUAUGUAAUAAUUCUAUGCUUCAGGUAUAUCCUACACCGACAAUUGCUGUUCUUUCCACAGGAGAUGAACUUGUGGAGCCAACGACAGCAUGUCUAAGUAGGGGCCAGAUUAGGGAUUCAAACCGUGCUAUGUUAUCAGCAGCUGUUAUGCAGCAGCAAUGCAAGGUGGUUGAUCUUGGAAUUGCUAGAGAUGAUAAUGAAGAACUUCAGAGGGUAUUCGAUAAAGGCUUUUCUGCUGGAAUUCAUAUCCUUCUAACUUCAGGAGGUGUUUCCAUGGGUGACAGGGAUUUUGUUAAACCAUUGCUUGGAAAGAGAGGGACUGUACAUUUCAACAAGGUUCUCAUGAAACCAGGGAAACCAUUGACAUUUGCAGAGAUUGAUUCAAAACUGACCGAGAAAAAUGCACCAGAAAAAAUUCUUGCAUUUGGUUUACCUGGAAAUCCUGUGAGCUGUCUAGUCUGUUUCCAUCUCUUUGUAAUCCCUGCCAUCCGCCAUCUAGCAGGAUGGGGAAAUCCUCAUCUUCUGAGAUUGCAUGCUCGUCUUCAUCGACCCAUAAAGACAGAUCCAGUCCGACCAGAAUUUCACCGUGCUAUUAUUAGAUGGAUGGCUAAUGAUGGAUCAGGAAACCCUGGAUUUGUUGCUGAGAGUACUGGUCAUCAGAUGAGCAGCCGGCUCUUAAGUAUGAAAUCAGCUAAUGCUUUGUUGGAGUUGCCAGCAGUGGGUGAUGUGAUCCCUGCUGGAACCUCUUUCCCAGCUAUCAUAAUAUCUGAUUUAAGCAGUACUGCCAUAACCGAGAGUGGUUCAUCUUCAGAUUCAGUUUCCUUAGGACAAAGAAACGCAUUUAAAGAAAUAGAUAAGCAUGAGUCAGAGAAUAUUGAGUUCAGGGUAGCUGUUCUAACAGUCAGUGAUACUGUUGCAUCAGGAGCUGGGCCUGAUCGAAGCGGACCUAGAGCAGUUUCAGUUAUAAAUUCAUCCUCAGAAAAGUUAGGUGGAGCAAGAGUAAUUUCAACAGCUGUUGUCUCAGAUGAUAUAAGCAAAAUCAAAGAUGUUCUACUUAGAUGGAGUGAUAUUGAUGGGAUGGAUCUCAUCCUUACCCUGGGUGGCACUGGCUUCACCCCUAGAGAUGUGACUCCUGAAGCAACCAAGCAGGUGAUAGAGAAGGAAACACCUGGGCUUUUGUAUGUCAUGAUGCAAGAAAGUUUAAAGGUGACACCAUUUGCAAUGCUGUCCCGCUCUGCGGCAGGAAUAAGAGGGUCAACACUGAUCAUCAACAUGCCUGGAAAUCCUAAUGCGGCUGCUGAGUGCAUGGAGGCUCUGUUUCCCGCUCUCAAGCAUGCUUUGAAGCAGACAAAGGGAGACAAGAGAGAGAAACAUCCUCGGCAUAUUCCUCAUGCACAAGCAGAACCCCUAGAUUCAUGGGAACGGAGCUUAAAGUUGGCCUGUGGCACCGCCCCUGAACAAAGCUGUUCUUGUUCUCAUUAAGAAACUAUGAAUUUUGUGUUUCAUUUCUCAGGAUUUGCUCCUAGCCGAAUGUUAAGUUUCUCUAGCAUUACUUGCUCA